AUGCCAGGAAUGCUGAUGAGAAGCGAACAGAUGCUGGCCGCUGUGCUUUUGUGUAAUGACAUCAAAUGUGAUUCUAAUUUGAAGGUUCGUGAGCUGGAGGCCGAGGUUGAAAAUGAGCAGAAACGUGGAGUUGAUGCCGUUAAAGGUGUCCGUAAAUAUGAGAGGAGAGUCAAGGAGCUCACCUACCAGACUGAGGAGGACAAGAAGAACAUUGGCAGGCUUCAGGAUCUGGUGGACAAACUUCAGCUGAAAGUCAAGGCCUACAAGAGACAGGCUGAGGAAUCCGAGGAACAAGCCAAUACCCACCUGUCCAAGUUCAGGAAGGUCCAGCAUGAGCUGGAAGAAGCUGAAGAGCGUGCUGACAUUGCUGAAUCUCAGGUCAACAAGAUGAGAGCCAAGAGCCGUGAUACUGGCAAAGGCAAGGAAGCAGCAGAAUAGCCAGGAUGAAUAUGCAGCCAAAGCCUCUCCACGUUUCAUACAAUAUGAACGUCACUGUGAAAGUCUUUGUAUAAACUGAAUAAAUUAAUUAAAUAUA